AUGGCUGGAACCAUUUGUGAUUGUGGUAGACCAAUGGCCACCGGUUGUCGGAGUUGCUUGAUGGCAGAAGUCUCUAGCCGUCUCCGAAAUGCCAGCUAUAAUAGUGCCGUUUGCAAGACUAAGUGGAGAAGCUCUCCUGAUAUCACAUCAGGAGAGCACACUUUUAUGGAUGUGAUAGAGAAUUCAAGUUCUAUAAGAGGAGAUUUGAGGGUUAUAAUUGAAUUAAAUUUUCGGGCCGAGUUUGAGUUGGCUAAAGCAAGCCAGGAAUACAAUCAACUUGUCCACAGAUUACCAGAAGUGUUUGUUGGAAAAGUUGAAAGAUUGAAGUCUGUAAUUAAGAUCGUAUGCUUGGCAGCAAAAAAGUGCAUGAAAGAAAAGAAAAUGCACUUAGGGCCAUGGAGAAAGGAAAGGUACAUGCAAGCAAAAUGGCUUGCUACAACAUGUGAAAGGUCGACGUCUAUGCCUCCCAUGUCGAUGGGAUAUUCCGGCCGCUUGCCGAGACCAAAGGCGUCAAUGCUCACGGUGGAUUUGAAAGAAAUGUUGCCUAAUGUGCAUUGCACUGUAGUUGCGGUUGUGUGA